ACUCGCGCGACCUUACACCACGCGUCUUCUUUGUGCAAGGACCCUUCCCCGACUGUAAAUCGUCGUACUUUAGCUUUCAGAAAGAGAAGAGAAAAGUGGGCUUUAAGAGCUUUAAGAGAGAGAGGGUGUGCGGAGAGGUUUUAGGGUUUUAGAGAGAGAGAGGAGGGCUGUGGUUGAAGAAUGGAGAAUAACAUUAGUGGUAGUGGCACUACUAUGAUUGUUACUAAACAGAGAAUGAGAAUAGAGAAUCCAUUUACUUUCAAAGUGGGUCAGGUAUUUACCGGAUUCGGCAUCGGCUGUGGUCUUGGUAUCGGUGUUGGUCGUCCUUUGAAUUUAGGUGCAAUACCAGUACUGAACCAAGUUAUGAGUGCUACCGGAGGUGCAACAUCUGCCUUAUCUGGUGUCGCUGGACAUGUUAAUGCCUCCUUGAGGAAGUUGGGAGCAAAGAAUAUUGAAGCUGGCAUUGGAUGUGGAGUUGGUUUUGGCCAUGGUUUUGGGGUUGGUCUUGCUGUGAAGCCUGGGGUGGUGAAUCAAAUUCAAUCUUGCCUCGUACAAGCAGUUACAAAGAUGAUGAUGAAGUUUGGAAUUUCUUCCAACUCAUCCCUCGGUCAAGGCAUCCUUCCAGCAUCGCUGCAAGGUGGUAUGAGCAUGAUAAAUGACCCCUCCAACCAUAAUCCAAUUGGAAGUAUUAUGCAGUCAGCAACAAAAGUAGAGGACCACACAUCUCAAGGCUUGGCGAAAGAUGGAAACUCAAAUGCAGGUUCUACUUAUGAAAAUUUUGAAUCAAAAAGCCCUUAUCCAGAAUCUUCAUAUGGAAGCCGAACAGAAAAGGUUAUUGGCAGUUUUAUGCAGAAUCCAAUUUUGAAAGAUGAUGACAGCGCACUAAGCAAGCUGGCUGGGCGCUUGCAGUCAGAAAAUAACGUGCUUCAGAUGGUGUUGAAACACCAGCAAGUCAUCGAGGAGCUUAUGGAGGAAAAUGAGAAGCUUCGCGGGAUAUUAGUGGAAGACCUGAAAAUCCCACCCAGCAAGCUCCAAGCCAACUCAAGAAGAAAUAAGUCUCCAUGUACUGAUUGCUACGAGUGUCGUAGAAAACAGAGGAAAAGAUAGAUUAUACAACUAUACUGCUCAUACAACUUUCAAGUGAUAGAAUCAUGGUGAGGGAUCAAAGGUUAUUUAGCAAAAGAAAAUACUGCGGAAGUAGGAACCCAGAAACCCAGAUUACCUCAACUUCAAAGAGAUUCAUUAUGGAAAGAACCAAGCAUUUGGAUAUGGAGCUCUAGAUGUUGAAAUGGACUUGUCCAUGAGGUAAUUCAACAUUCCAGUUUAGGGUUUUUUUUUUCUCUCUUUUUUUUAGCUUUUCUUUGUUUCAAUCAAGUUUCAAUACUUGUUUUAACCUCAAGUCUUCAACUGUUCAAAAGUGAAGCAGAAUGCAUGUUUAUUUGGCAGUGACUGCUGCUAACCAUUUUCCUUGAUACAUGUAUCCUUUGCACUA